CUUACCCAUUUCUCAUCUUUACCUUCCUACUUUUUCCAUCCAUUUUCCUCCUUCCUUUCUCAUUGAUAAACAAAACAAAAUCACUUAAAUUCCCAUAUUUUAAUCAUGGCCCCGAAGAUUAUCGGCGGUGCUGCUGGUGGCGGUAUUGGUGUCAAGGUUAAUUCGGCUAAUGGUGGGGUUAAUGUUAAGGAGACCCAUUUUAGAGGUGUUCGAAAGCGGCCGUGGGGGAGAUACGCCGCCGAGAUUCGUGACCCCACGAAGAAGAGCCGUGUCUGGCUCGGAACGUUUGAUACUGCUGAGGAGGCCGCGCGUGCUUAUGAUGAUGCUGCACGCGCUUUUCGCGGUGCUAAGGCUAAAACCAAUUUCCCACUUCCUUCUGAGAUACACAACAACAAUACUCCUUUGAAUAACCUUAACCACCACCACCACCUCCAACACAACACAAACAAUUUGAGUAGUAAUAAUAACAACAACCGAAGUCCGAGUCAGAGUAGUACUGUUGAGUCCUCUAGCCAUGAAAAGCCGGUACCCACGGCGGGGAUGAUGGUUGAAUCUCUACCGUUGGAUCUUAAUCUCGCCGGGAAUUUCGCCGGAGCUACGGCGGUUGGAGUCAGAUUUCCGUUUCAACAAGUGAGUGUUGCUCCGGCGCCGGCGGUUGGUUUUCCGGCGAAUAUGAAUCAGUUUUUCUAUUUCGACGCCAUUGCGAGGCAAAAUCAACCUCAACACCACUUUAUUCAACAAUACAACAACAAUAACCAACAACAGUUCAUGUUCCAUCACGUGCCGGCGAGUAAACGUCACGCGCCGCUGGCGUGCGGUGUUCAGAGCGAUUCCGACUCGUCUUCCGUCGUUGAUUUGAACCACGAUCUUAACAGUGGAACUCCCAGAGGUCUCGAGAUCGAUCUUAACCAACCUCUACCGUCCGAUUUGGCUUGAUCCUAUUUAAUUAUUUUUUUGCGCCGCUUUAAUUAGUGGUGUUUUUCAGGAUCUUAGCUAUAAUUACGAUGGGAUGAGAGGAAGAAAAAUAAAUUUUUUUUUUUAAAAAAAAAAGGAAGUUUUUGUUUUUUUGAAUUUCCUCGGUAUUAUUUUUAGGAAAAAAGAAAAAGAAAAAAUGAGGGUGGAUACAUGGAGCUCCGAUUUGGAUUUGGAUCACCGAAUUUUCUGGGGUUUUUUUUGUAUAGUUUUUUUUAAUUAUCGAUUUAAUUAGAUUUAGCUUAAUUAAGUAUAUUACUUAAGUUAAAAGAUCCAUUUUUGAGGCAGAGAAUAGAGAAGAAAGUGAUGUAAUCUUUGAAUUUCGAAUUCUCUGUUGUUUCAUGAAAAAUACAGUGUAAUUUUCGUACUAUUUUGGAUCAGAUAUAAUCGAUUACCCAUAUAUAAUAUUUUAAUA